UUCAUUGAAAUGUUAUUAUUAAACUGAACGAUGAUAAAUUUUUUUUUUCAUAUGUAAUUUACAUAUUGAGUAAUUCGUUCCAAAAAUUUUACUCCCGUUUUUUGGACAAUUAUAGACAAAAUUUUGGAAAAACUCAAGGCAAACGGAAUUUUGAGAGAAUAUUGGAAAACAAGCAAAAUUUGAAGUGUGCAAAAUUUUGGAGUUCAUUUUCAGGACGUUAAUGCUAUGUUUUAACAAUAAAUUUUUUGCCAAAAUUUUCUUGUUAGCUUUUGCGAUAAGAGGUGAAGAAUUUCAUGAUAUUAAAGACUUAAGCUAUUCAGCAAUAAGAAGACCAUAGUUCUUUACGAAAGCAUAUUAUAGAAAAAGUAGAGUCUUCUCAAUCGUUGAUUGGUUCCUGCAGAAACUAAAAGUUAUCGUUCAGUUAAAACAAGCCAAUUUCUUAACUAAUGCAAAUUUAAGGAACUAACACUUGCAAAGGGAGUAAAACUUACUUGCUUGUUGCUCACUGGCUAGAAGAAAAAGUUUAAUAUACGAGAAAUAUUCAAAACGAUUGAAUUCAAUAUCAAGCCAAUUUAAAAAUAAAUAACAUUGCUGGUUGUUUCAUCGUUGACUGCAGAAGUCAAAUAUGGGUUGCAAAAAGAAGAAGCCUAGCUGCAAGCCUAAGCCCAAGCCUUGUUGUUCUCGUGGUGGACCAUUAACUAGCCGCGGAUUUCUUAAUUUCUUAAGGGAAUAUCGUGCAUGUCAUCCUGGGCUUGAUGCUGUAGAAACCGUACGUAAGGGUUAUAUGCGUUGGAGCCGUUUGUGUGAAGACAAAAAGAAAAAGUAUAGAGAAAUGAAGCGUGUUCCCAAACCCAAGUGUCCAAAAAAAUGCCCAAAGAAAAAGAAGCCAAAAUGUCCACCUAAAAAACCCAAGUGCCCGAAAAAGUGUGGUUAAACUUAGUGAUAAACAUUAUUUUUUGCUAUGAUUACUGAACGUUUCGUUUUACCUAUUUUGCUUGUCUUUAUCUGUUGUUAUUCACCCGCGAUUGGUGCGGUUGAAUUAACAGAAAAUCUAUGAUUGUCCAUGAUUACUAUGAUUUGUCUCUACCUACCUUGCUUGUCUUUAUCUAUAUUUUUUCGCCUCUGAUUGUCCUAAUUAACAUAGUGUAUUUAAUUAUUUUAAGUUUUGGUUUAGAAAUAAAUAAAGAAAUGCACUUAUAUUUUGCUCAAUAACUA